AUGGCCGCGCCCCUCGUGCCGCUUUCCGCCUUCCCCUGCACCACCCCGGCCGCGCCUCCCCUCCGCCGCUUGCCCGCGCCAUCGCCGCUCGCCUCGCCCCGCUGCUUCUGCGCGCCCCCCAGCGCCGUGUCCCCCCAGCCCCGGCGCGCGGCCCCGCUGCCCGGAUCCGGCGCCCGUCCGCCACUGCUCCCCGCUGUCCCCGCGCCUGACGGAGCCCCUCUACCGCCACUGCCGCUGCCUCGGCUCGCCGCUGCCAGGCGCUGCUCCGGCCAGCCUCGCCGCGACCGCGCCCGAGUAUGCCUCGCCCGUUAG